CUCUUGUCCCCGGGACUCUGUCUGGGACUCUGGGAGCCCCUUCGAUCUUCGUCAUCGAGAAAUUGGAGAUCCGUCGUCUCGUCUCGUCUCGUCUCGGACUCAUUUCGAAUUUGUGAGUUUAUGAAAAAAAUUUGUGAGUUCCUGUGAGCUGCAAAUCUCGAGCCAUCAUCUCGAGAGUGCAUUUUGCGUGUCCCAUUUUGCGUUCGUCGGAGCGAUCCGAUCGCAAGUCUGAAAACCUCGUCACUCUUGCGUGCUACUGAACAGCUCUCAGACCAUGUCCAGAUCUCUGCGGAAUGCCGUCAAGAGGCAUUCCGUAUGGUCUCAGCCGGGUUUAAGGACCAGAUCGCUUGCGUUGGAGAAGCAAAAAGAAGUAGUGACUCCGGAAAGAAUAUCCCAGACGUUGAAGGAGAAGAAGGGUGAUGGGGGUUUGCACAAUUUGAUGAAUGCCAAGGCUCUGACUGGCGAGCACAAGCUACUCAGAGCCGGUACGUCCGAGGAGUUGAUGUCGAGAAAUGUGCUUACCAAAGCACAGCAGGAGAGAAAGAUUUGGAUGCCAGUACGAGGGAAAGCUUGCGAAAGGGCUGCCUUCAUCUUGAAACCCGAAGAGUGCAGGACACUGUCAUUCUAUCAAGGUCAGCACAUACGGAAAAGUACCGUGAAGCAAGCAAGACUUUUAAACCAAAUCAGAUUCUCUAGUCCAGUUGCGAAGGGUCUCGCACCCUUGCUACCCUUUUCUGUGCGCCGUAUCAGUUCGCAAUCCGCCCUUGCUGCUAGAGAACAAUCUGGACGACAUGAGAGAUCGGAGAGUGGUAUCACGACACAGGAAGAUCCUUUCGACACGUUAACGGACAAGAUUCCUGAACGACCAGUGAGUGUGGCAGAAGGUGCAUCUUACAGUGUAGUCAUCCUUGCUGGGUUGGCAGUUGCUGGAGCUGCUGCAUACGCAGUCUUCAAGGAGCUUAUCUUUGAACCUAAAGAGUACAAGGUUUUCGGGAAGGCUUUGGACAGGGUGAAGACAGAUAUGCAGAUUGCUGGGCGUUUGGGGUCGCCUAUAUCCGGUUACGGUCAAGAGAGCCAAAAUCGAGCGGCACGCCAGCGUAUAUCAAACCGAGCCUGGGUUGAUGAAGAUGGAGUUGAGCGUGUGGAGGUAAUGUUUCACAUUCGAGGGCCUGGAGGAGCAGGAAAAGUGUACUGUGAAAUGUUCAAGGACCCUGAAGAUAAGACUUGGAAGUACACUUAUCUCAUCGUGGAUGUAACGAAUCCAACUCCGAAACGGUUUUUGCUAGAGUCAUAUGUCCCAGAAGUGAAAUUGAGCCCCGCAUAGGGGCUCGCCAAUUUUUUUGCAUCUAAUCGAUAUUCCGGCAUGAGUGACCUUCCAUAAGGUCAAAUGCCCACUUGAGCCUACUUUACAAGUUUCGAGACCAUAUGAGGGUGUUCCAUGAAUACGGCCAAUUGCUGCCCACAUCACUUCUUAUGUCCAGAGACUUUUUCCCACGGUCUUUGUAUGGUCCGAGUCCAGGUGCUCAGUAAAUAUUAUUAUGGAUUGCGGCUUGAUAGUCAUAUGUAUUGGUCGCACUUCUCAAGCUGCGUCAAAGUCUCUAGAAUAUAUCGACUUCAUGAAAGUCGGAUAUUCCGUUGUCGGAAAAUUGGUGUAGUCUUGGAUUUCUGGGCGCACUGUAUUUAACAAGUGUAAAGCUGCACACUGGGACUUUAAGGCUGAAAAUUCUUCCACACUUUUUCCUUCACUUUUCUCUUCUAGAGUACGUCUCAUGUUCAUGAGUCUAGGCCGAUGAGGAACAGGAUACCUUCGUUUUUCACAAGUAAACCCCCGGACGAUAUUUUGAAAGUCAAACCCUGUGG